AUAUAUAAACAAUCCUGGUUCUGCACUAAAAUGAGAUGGGUUUUGAACAUAUUUCACAUCGCAACUAAGUGAACAGUCAGCUACGGGCCACGCCUCAUCCACAAUCACUGUUGUGCAAUUGCUUUCUUAUUUCUUCGCUGAAAUACAGGCAUCGGGUCCAUGGAAAUACACUAAUAAUGGAAACAUGUUAGUAGGUGAAUCAUCUUAGUUUCUGAUUGAAAUUCAACAGAACUUAUUAUUACUGGGGUUCCCAUGGAUGAGGUGUAAAGGAACAAUAAACAAUUGUUGAAGACUUCAUUGGGUACAUCUGUAGAAUCUAAUGAUCCAAUACUAGAACUGUAUGAAAAAUUCUUUACCAAGAUAAUAAUAAUUAGUUCUUAUUGUCGCAGCCCAAAAGGUAUAAAUUCAUAAUGUUUAUUAUACAUUAAUAUGACUUAAUGUGAUGAUGUGAACCUUGAACAUGCUUUUAAAGUCUGGACAGAUGGUAGCAGUUGACGCUCAAGUGAUGAUGUACGACUUCCUGUAACUUAAGGCUGGCCGAUUAAUCGAUUUUCGUGAUUAAUACUAUUUUAUUGUCUGGGCGAUUAUUAUUAUUAUUUUUUUUUUAUAAAUUUUGUUUUAGUGUGUUCCAAAGUUCAAAGUGCGUCCCCACUGACGUGCACUGCUAAGAUCAGGGAGCACCAAUAUAUUGUCCAUGAGCACUAUAUUCUAAAAAGCAACACUUGUUUGGAAUAAUGUCAUUGUCAUUUACUUUUUCUACAAAUAGAUUAAAAUCAAAAGUCUGAUUUUUGUGUAACAAAAAAAAAAAAAAAAUCUGACUUUCUUUUGUAAGGCCUAAAAGCCCUGCCCUGUGUGUAACUAGAGGAGACAGUUAAGUGGUGAGGAUACCUGCGAGAGACAAAUGCCUCCGAUUGGCUCAUUUAGAAGAGAACCGAAGCGGAACCUUUAUUUUGCUAGCCUCUCAAAAAUGACUAUGGCUGACGACAUAUAUAGCUCAUAUUGUACAUGCAUCCAAGACCCAGCCAUCACACACACACACACACACACACCUCAACACAGCUAAAGCUCGCACUGAACAUGCAACCAGCAGGCCGUCUGAGGCUGAGGACGUGGCUGGAGGAGCAGAUCGAGUCUGGGAAGUACCCGGGAGUCUGCUGGCUCGACAAGUCAGAGAGAGUUUUCCAGAUCCCGUGGAAACACGCGGCUCGUCACGGCUGGAGUAUCGACCGAGACGCCACUCUCUUCAGGAGCUGGGCCAUGCACACUGAUCGAUACCGUCCAGGCCAACAUAAAGCAGACCCAAAGACGUGGAAGGCCAACUUUCGCUGUGCCCUCAACUCUCUCCCCGACGUACGUGAGCUGCACGAGCGCAGCAACAAGAGGGGCAGCAAUGCCUACAGAGUCUACAAGAUGCUUCCCGCCGCGCACCCACGCAACAGAGGGCUCCGGAUGUUGAGUCCGCGCUUAAAAAAGCAGCAGAGUGUCGGAGUGUGUGCACCAGUUGACACCGCGCAGCAGCCAUGGCAACUUCCAAGUGUCAAUUCAUCCACUGAACAUGCAUCGCUCAGCAUUCCUAUACAGGACAUGUCAUGGGAGGCCAUGGAGCGGGAGGAUGGAUCCAAGCUGAUUGAUCAUUCUAGCAGCACUGCUGAGCCGGGCAACCACACUUGUGCUCACGGAGGAUGGAGGUCUUACCCACUGUGGGACAACUGGCACUGUGGGGCCACAACGCACACAUGCUUGUCGAGUCCAGUUGAUGACAGCCUCUUCUCCCUCCAGAUAGACAACAGCAAUGAACUUUUGGGGGUGUCAGACUGGUCCUUCCAUCAAAAGACCCUCACACUUUAGCAACAUAAAGAACAAUGUGUCUGUGUGCAUGUCACAUACCUGAUUAAAUCUUUUUUUUCUUUUACUUUUCUUUUCCAGCAAAGCCGCUGAAAUAAAAGAUGAGACACGAUAUCAUGUUCCAAGCCACGCAUUAGCUCAUGUAACUCCUUGAUGCUUAAGUGCUUCGUACUCACUUCAAUGACUCGCUGCAGCACCUAAAGGGAAGAGAUCUCAUGCCGCAUCAUUAUGACUGUCAAGAAAUGUGGCAUUAACACUUAAUAAUAAAAAAUACAGUAUUUGGAAAUACAUGCUUUUUAUUGGACAGCGACAAUUUUCACAUUUACAAUUUUCUGUUGUUUUU